AUGAAUCAAUUUUUUCCUACUAGUAAACAAAUACAAAAUCUUGCUAAUAAAGCAAGAAAUGGUACACUUGUUCAAAUAUUAACUGGAAAAGAUUUGCUCAAACCGAACCUAGAGCGUAAAUUGCUAUUAAAUAAUCAACAUAGUACAAUCAAUGUUGAUGAAAUUUGGGCACAUUUGACUACGUCACAACAAAAGCGUCUUUCAGAUUUUGCAGAUGACAUAAAUAAUAUUCGAAAUUCUUCCUUUAUCGAGUUAAUCGCUCGAAUCAAUACAUCAAAAACCAAUACCACUUUAGGAACUUUAGGAAAUAAUUUUUUUAGUGGAACAAAUUUUCAAGAAAAUAAUAGUGUAGAAUCUUUGAUUUUACCUUUAGGUAUGGUUUACUUACAAUUCUCAAGUUUUUAA